CUUUAAAUUGAGAAUAACCACCGAUUGAAUGGAUCCCCAGCCACUUAUUGGUGACUUCUACGUCAAUACGACGCGUAAUGCAGAGAUUUUUAUUGCCGUUUAUGUCUCAACAGUUGGUUUCGUUGCAACCAUAGGAAACAUCUGCGUGUUGUUCAUCUUACUUCGGUUCAAUACCUUCCGCAAAAAGUCCAUCAACUACCUAUUGGUCAACAUUGCAGCCAGCGAUCUGGGCGUGUCCUUCUCGGGCUACCCUAUGACGUCAUCAUCAGCCUUCGCCGGCUAUUGGUUGUUUGGCGAUGGCGGCUGUCAUUAUUACGCAUUUUGCGUGUACACGUGUUCCUGUUCGGCCAUUGGAUCGCAUGUAGCUGUGGCUGUAUAUCGGUACAUCUACGUCUGCAAACCGGCUCAUAAACACAAAUUGACCGCCAAAUUGACCUUUACAGUCAUCGCCAGCAUAUGGGCCUUUGCGCUCUUCUGGACGGUAUCCCCAUUGCUCGGUUGGAGCCGCUACACGUACGAGCCGUUCCGAUUCUCCUGCUCUCUCGACUGGACCGGUCGCAGUCUCGCUCACAUCACCUAUAAUUCGGCUUGUGUCUUCGGCGUAUUCGUGUUGCCCCUUAUUGUCAUGAUUUAUUGUUACUACGAGGUGGGGAAACGCAGCAAUCAGAUAAACCCAGACAGGAGAGAUGAGAGGGAUAAAGGUAUGGCAGUGUUUCUACAGAUUCAGAAGAAGGAAAAGAAGAUAGAUGUACAUGUGACAAAGAUGUGUUUUCUGUCGACAAUGAGUUUUGUGAUAGCCUGGACUCCAUACACAAUACUAUGUAUCUGGGUUGUCUCAAUCAACAGCGACGUCCAACUCAGUCUGGCGGCCUCUCUACUCCCAACACUCUUCGCCAAAUCGUCAUGCGCGAUGAACCCUCUCGUGUAUUUCCUCUCGAGCUCUCGUUACAGACGAGAUUUCUUUAAAAUAUUCCGAAGACCCCGUCGAGCACGAGAAUUCAACGGGACCGAUCCGUAUCGCCAGACUGAACGAGACGCAAACGCCGGGGGACCCUCGAACAGGGCGGAUGAUAACCCGUUGUAUCUCAGACGGACGGUGUCGCCCACUGGCGACAUCUCAGCGUCAGUGUACUUCAACAAGGAGCGGAUUUAUAUUGGAGAUAUCAAGCCCGCUGGAAUAAGUCAAGAGGCUACACUGAUGCAGAAAGAUGCGGAGGUACUUUCACUUACUUCAUCCAACAGUUCUGUGUUUCAAGUUGUUGUGAAGGAACCCAAGAAAAAGUUUGAGAUGACUACAGUGCAGAUAGAGAUAUAGAAAGUUACAACUUUAAGAUCAUGACAAAUGCAGAUAGAGAUGUAGAAGUAACCACUUUGAGAUCAUGAAAAAUGCAGAUGUGAGAUGUGAGAAAUAGUAUAGACAGAUUCAUUGUCAACAUUAUUACGCGUUGACUUUUAUUAUCCCAACCCUUUGCAAUUUUAGACGAAUACCUACAAGAAACCGCUAAGACGUUGUCAAUCUUCAGCCAAAGUCAGAAUAAACCUUGAUUUAUCGGGUGUUCGGGAGACUUCUCAGUUCUGAAAAGAACUGUUCUGUCAUAAGAAGUUACCACUUUUAGAUCAUUAUUAUAAUGCAGAUUGAGAUAGGCACAUCACAACGUACAGUAGUUUAAACAAUAAACUCACCCGAUAAUGUAGGCAGUGUGUAUGCCCCAAAGUGGCACCACCAUUGUGACAAGGGGAGGAACUGAGGAAAUAAUAUCUUUCUACAAACUGAUGAUCAUCCAUCUAAAUCAAAUAGAGUGUUUCCGCCAAACAGAAAACAUCCCUUGAAAUAUUUCUGUCCAAAAUGUCAUAUUUGAUGAGAAAUAAAUUAAUCUACUUUCGCGUUAGGAGUUUAUUGCUGAGUGAGCGUUUUAUUUAUUACUUUUCUCGG